AUGAAGGCUCCAAACCUUCAAUACAACGAUGCAGCAAUGCAACAAGAACCAUACUUCGAUCUUGGAACCUACACCCGUUCCAUCAGCACGAAGUCAAAGUCCGCACAAUCAUGGUUCGAUCGAGGAUGGAAAUGGGCGUACGGCUUCAACCACGAAGAGGCCAUUCGCUGUUUCGAACGAGCCAGUCGAGAAGAUCCCGACUGCGCGCUGCCCUUGUUUGGCUCCGCAUACUGUUUGGGCCCCAACUAUAACAAGCCCUGGGAGGUCUUUGACGAUGAUGAGCGUGCGGCCAAUCUGCGGCGUGCUCGAUCUGCUCUUAUGGAAGCAAAGGAGAAAGGUUCAUCGUCGCCCGUUGAAAGUGCGUUGGUUGCGGCACUUGAGCAUCGUUAUUCGCAAGAUGUCGCUGGAACUGAGAGUGAGGCAUAUGCGAUCUGGAACAAGGACUAUGCCGAAGCCAUGUCACGAGUCUAUCAACAGUAUGGGGAGGAUCUGGACGUAGCUGCUCUGUAUGCAGAUGCCCUUAUGAACCUGACUCCCUGGGUGUUAUGGGACCUUCGCACCGGUGAACCCACGGACGGAUCUCGAACACUUGAAGCAAAAGAAGUCUUGGAGAGAGCUAUUGCUCAACCAGAGGGCGAUGAACAUCCGGGCCUACUCCAUCUGUACAUUCACCUCAUGGAGAUGUCUGCCCAUCCAGAAGCUGCUAUAUCCAUCGCGGUCAGAUUGCGAGGAUUGGUACCCGACGCAGGGCAUUUACAUCACAUGCCUACACACCUGGACGUUCUCUGCGGCGACUGGGAGCGUGCCAUCGUAUCCAACUCCGAGGCUAUCCUCGCGGAUGAGAGAUAUCUUGCGCGCGCCGGGGCUCUGAACUUUUACUCACUGUAUCGAUCCCAUAAUUAUCAUUUUCGCAUUUACGCUGCAAUGUUCGCUGGGCAGUUCAGAGUGGCCAUGGAGACUGUUGAGAUGCUGGAUGCUUCGCUGCCAGAGCAGCUCCUGCGUGUAGAGUCUCCACCCAUGGCGGACUGGCUGGAGAGCUUUCUCGCGAUGAGAGUGCAUGUUUUCAUUCGAUUUGGAAGAUGGAGCGAUAUCCUGGAAUUGGAAUUGCCGAAAGAUCGGAAUCUGUACUGCGUGACGACGGCGAUGAUACACUAUGCCAAGGGCGUGGCCUAUGCCGUUACUGACAAAGUCAAAGAUGCAGAGAGGGUCAGGAGACUGUUCCACGACGCAGUUUCCAAGGUGCCUCCUUCGCGCACGUUGUUCAACAACACAGCUGUUGAUAUACUUGGAGUAGCCGCAGCGAUGCUCAAUGGCGAGCUCGAAUAUCGGCUUGCAAACAUCGACCUGGGGUUUGAGUAUCUGCGCCAAGCAGUGGAUCUUAGUGACAAUCUUCCAUAUGAUGAGCCUUGGGGAUGGAUGCAGCCUCCGAGACACGCGUACGGUGCUCUUCUGCUGGAACAAGAUCGCAUCGAAGAGGCGACCGCAGUCUAUGAAGCCGAUUUGGGUCUAAAUGACACCCUUCCGCGGGCAUUACGACAUCCGAACAAUAUUUGGGCCUUGCAUGGACUGCAUGAGUGUGUGAAGAGGUCGCACAGAGACGAGGAAGCCGAGAAGAUCCGCCCAAUGUUGGAAGAUUGCCAGGCAAAAGCUGAUGUCCCCAUAAGCUCAUCUUGCUUCUGCCGUACAGAGAUGUCAAGGUAG